AUGUUGUCUUCUGCUAAAUCUCUCCUAUUGGCUCUCUGCCUGGCCCUUGUGGCGACUUCAACUAUUGGUCAGUUCACUGAUGUAGGAAAUGGAGUCUGUGUGGAUGGAUCUGGAUCACAAUUCGAUUAUGUGGAACGAGCAGGUGUUGCCUCCACCGCUGCCUGUCAAACCACUUGUAGCUCGAUAGACACCACCAACCUCCGUGGGUUAGAGUACGAAUCAACCACACGAGGAUGCUUGUGUCUGUACGAGAAUGGUGCUGGUGUUCCUGCGAAUGCCUUUGCCGAAGGUGGAGUGGAACCUGGUGGUGGAGCAGUUGCUGGUGCCAAUUCCACCUUUGCUACCUUUACAUGCUACUCGUUCUCUGGAGGCAGCUACACAAACCGUGGUGUUGGAGGAUGUGUCGACUCUCGAGCAAAUUUCUAUUCCUAUGGUGUUCCUUUCAAUGCUCGUGGGAGUCAAACGCUUGGCACCUGUCAAAAUGCUUGUACCGCUGCAGGAACCUCUGGAUUGGUUGGACUUGAUUACGAUGGUGAAUGCUACUGUCUCUACAGUGAAGGUAGCCAGCCUACAGUCUUCUUUAACAAUGCUGUAUCUUCCAACAGUGGAAGUGGUACCAUUGGUCGCACAAAUACCAUGGCAGGGGUGACAUGUCAACGAUUUGGAACAGCCAUACCCGUAUCAGCACCAAUAGCAGUGCCAGUAGCAGUACCAGUCGCCCAAGUACCUGUUACCGUGCCAGUUUCCGUACCUGUAACAGUAACAGUACCUGUUACCGUGCCUGUAGCAGCACCUGUCGUUCCAGCAGUACCAGUGACCCCAGGUGCCAAAGCGCCCAAGGUCAAGGGAUCUGGAAAGAAAGGAGGUGCCAAGGCCCCAACAACGAACAGAGGAUCAAAACUAGUAGCAUCUCCUUCGACUUCCACCGUGGUUAAUCCCAAGGCACCCAAGAUUGCCAAGAGACGAGCACGAUACUAA